AUGACUAAAUCAUGCGAAUCAUCGAGCCACCAACCAUCGAUGCCACCACCGCUAUCGUCGCUUCAGAAACAAGGCCAGACGGCUGAUGGCGCUGAAAAGUUCAAGUUCUUUGCCUCAUCUGAACCUCCAAAUAAAACCGGCAAAACUGCCANCCACCAACCAUCGAUGCCACCACCGCUAUCGUCGCUUCAGAAACAAGGCCAGACGNUACACAUUUUGGCAAGCACCAGUUACCCCGAAGACAACUUCCUGAAGAGUUUUGUCACCGAGCACUCGGGCAGCUGCAACGCCCAGACGCUGACCACUGACACCGUUUUCUACUUUGACAUUGCGCCUGAUCAUCUCGGUGAGGUGCUUCACCGAUUCGCCGACCUUUUCGCCGCACCUCGCUUUCCCGCCGACAAGGUCGAUCGAGAGCUGGCCGCCAUUGACUUUGAGCUGGAGGCCCAGCUUGCUGAUGAUGAGGUGCGGGCAGAACGCGUCCGUCAGCUCUGUGGCGAUCCAAAGCACGUCUACGCCAAGUUUGCCACCGGAAAUCGGCGCUCGCUGCUCGGCAGUGAAGAAAAAAGCGAGCAACUGUUGACUGAGGUGAAGAACUUUUUCACCGCCCACUACUCCGCCGACGCCAUGGGCCUGGCCGUUCUGGGCAAACAAUCACUGGAUGAGCUGGAGCAGAUGAUCAUGGAUCAGGGCGAUGGCUUCAGCCGACUGCCCAAUCGCGGCAAAGGCAAUGCCUCACUGCUGACUGGUGAGAAGAGCAAUCAGCAGCCGGCGCACCCCUACUCCCCUGCGCACUGUCGACAGCUGAUCAAGGUAGUGCCCUUUAAGGCCUUCCGCCGGUUGGUCCUUUUCUGGCCGCUGCCCAACACCUACGCCGCCAACGCUCUUGAUUAUGCGGUGUUCAUGCUGUCGCACGAGGGCCCCGGCGGACUGCUGGCCGAGCUGAAACGCCUCGGCUACUGCACUUCCAUCAACGUUCACGCGCCCUUCCACCACGACUUUGGUUUCCUCAACGUCGAGUUCGACCUAACGCAGGGCAUCACACGGAAUGAGGAGAUCACCUGUCUGCUCUUUCAGUACCUCCGACUGCUGCGCGAUCACCCUCAGAAGGAGGUUUACGAUGAGAUCAAGGCGGUGAAGGACAUCAAGUUCCACUACCGCGACACGGUCGAGCCGCGCACUUACGUCUUCAACCUCUGCUUCAACCUGCACAUCUCAUUGCAACGGGCCGUCCUCGGCCGGGCUUUUCCGCCCUUUGUCCAGGAGGACAUCACCUUUGUUCUCGACCUGCUGACGCCGCAGGCGCUCAACAUUCAGGUCAUCAGUCCGAUCUUUGAAGUAGAGGCAAAGAAGAAGAAGGAGGAAGGUGGUGGUCAAUGGAAAACCGACCCCGUUUAUGGGAUUCAGUACUGCACUGAACGUAUCAAGCCGGAGUUGGUGAACGCCUGGUCCGCUGUGGAGCUCAAUCCUCGCUUGAAGAUGCCCGAGCUGAACAGUUUCAUUCCGCGGGACUUUGCGCUGAAAAGUGAGGACACUUUAUUAGCAAGCAAUCUUUAUCCGGCCUUUAUGGGCGGCACAGUGCCUCGGCUGCUGGGCAAGUUGACCGCGGAAGGACUGCAAAAGGCGAAAGCUUCAGUGCUGAAUCGACUGGAGGAGAAGCCAAAAGGGCUGCACUCGGCGGCCACGGCCCACUGGGGCGAGAUCACCUACGGCCAGUAUCGAUUCGACCGCAGUGAGAAGCUCGCCGAAGCGGUGAGGGCGAUCAAGGAGCCACAAGAAAUGCUGGACUUUUACAAUGAGUAUUUCAAACCAGGUGGUCCCCAGUGCCGUCGACUGGNCAAGGAGCCACAAGAAAUGCUGGACUUUUACAAUUGUGGAAUAGAAGUAUAG